CAGCUGAGGACUGAGACAGCUGAGGACAGAGACAGGUGAGGACAGAGACAGCUGAGGACGAAGAUGAAGACGGAGCUCUUCCUGCUCAUUGCUGCACUCGUCUGCGCUGCCGCUAAGCCGCUGAACAAGGCAGCGCAGAGGAACAAGCUGCUGCUGGUCUCCUUCGACGGCUUCAGGUGGGACUACGACCAGGACGUGGACACGCCGCACCUGGACCGCCUGAUGGAGGACGGAGUCAAGGCCAAGUACAUGACCCCCCCGAUGCUCACCAUGACAUCCCCGUCCCACUUCACCACCAUCACCGGCAGAUGGGUGGAGGAUCACGAAGUCGUCCACAACAUGAUGUUUAACGCCAAGACGAACCUAAAAGUUCCUCACAAACAGACUCUGACCCGAUCGGAGUGGUGGGACAACGGAGUUCUGCCGUUAUGGAUCACAGCUCAGAACCAGGGUCUGAAAACCGCCUCCUUCUACUACCCUGGGGGCGGGGCUAACUACAGCGGCCAGGUGGUCAACCGGGUGAUGGUGGAGGAAUCCGGCCGACCAGACGACAACGAGACGGAGUGGCGUGAAAACAUCGACAAGGUGAUGAGCUGGUUCUCUGACGAAGACUUCCACCUGGUGACGCUGUACUACGGCGAGCCGGACAACGUGGGCCACGCCAAGGGACCCGACCACCCGGACAGGAAGAAGAUCAUCCGCCAGAUCGACCGCACCAUCGGCUACCUGAGGGAAGCCAUCGACCGGCAUCUCCUGAGCGACCGCCUGAACGUCAUCAUCACCUCCGACCACGGCAUGACCACCGUCAAGAAGCGACCGCAGGUGGACGAGAUCAUCCUCAACAAGUACCUGAACCUCCUGAACCUCAUCAGCUUCGAGAUCCUGGACUACGGCGGGUUCGGCAUCCUGACGCCGCGGCCCGGGAAGGAGCAGGAAGUGUUCGCCGCUCUGUCCAACGCGCCCAAUCUGACGGUCUACCAGAAACACCAGCUUCCUGAGAGCUUCCAUCUCGCCAAGAGCGAGCGGCUGCCUCCCAUCGUGGUCGUCGCCGAUCUGGGCUUCAACCUGAACUCUAGGUUCAUCGUCUACGUGAACAAAGGCGACCACGGCUACCACAACGGAGAGAUGGACAUGAAGACCAUCUUCAGGGCCUUCGGACCCGACUUCAAGAAGAACUUCCUGUCGGAGCCGUUCGACAGCGUCCACGUCUACCCUCUGAUGUGCAAAGUGCUGCAGAUCCAACCGGCGCCGCACAACGGGUCUCUGGCCGUCACCGAGAAGAUGCUGCUGCACAGCGGUGAGUCUGAAGGUGAGUCGUUAGAGACCGUUAGAGACCGUCAGAGACCGCUAGAGACCGUCAGAGACCUUCAGAGACCGUUAGAGACCGUUAGAGAUUGCAGAGACCGUCAGAGACCGUCAGAGACCGUUAGAGACCGUCAGACUGACGUCGUGGUCGACUCAACCACAACUACGUCGUAUUUCUGUUCCUCCAUCAGUUUGGUUCUGUAA